AUUCUAUAUGAUUGCUAUUAGGUCUAUUUGGUGUUUUCUAGGUAGAAUCAUUUGUUGUUUUUUUUUUUUCUUUUUUCAAUUGAGUAAGAUGAUUUUUUUUAAUUUUUUUUUCUGUUGUAACUGUGAAACUUUCUAUCAGGAUAAGGAUAAUUUGCCUCAAGUAAUUUAUCUUGGAGUUAAAAGAUUCGUCAUCUAUAGAUAUGACACAGGGAAGACAAAUUUUUUUACCACAAAGUUAUUGGUACCUGUUGUUGGUGUGAGGUGACGGUGUGUUAAAAUUAGUCUAUUCAAGAAAAAAAAAGAAUUAACUUGCUGAUGCCACUUUUAAACCCUUCUUUGUUUGAGAUUUCAAGUUAAAUUUAUUAAAAAAUCUAGUUUUCUUUUCGAAAGUGAAGGGGAAAAAGUGCUCAGGUUAUCAGCUGUUUAAUUCAAAUUUACGGACGAUAUAAUCAUUGUUCACAACUUUCAAAGUAAGGAUUUUUUUAGUAAUUUUGUGUUCUAAAGAUUGUUGCUUUCUUGGUGAUUCUUUAAAAUUGAUUGGAGGCAGCAGGAGGAUUUUUUUAAAGUAAUUUUGUGUUCUAAAAAUUGUUGCUUUAUUGAUGAUUCUUUAAAAUUGUUUGGAGGCAGCAGGGGGAUUUUUUUAAGUAAUUUUGUGUUCUAAAAAUUGUUGCUUUAUUGAUGAUUCUUUAAAAUUGUUUGGAGGCAGCAGGUGGCUAAUCAAUUGGCUUGAAUAGUUUACUUGCAACUUGCAAGAAAAUCAAAUGAAGUUUAUCAUUUAUUUGUAAGUUGUGAGAACUUUCAAGUACUUGCACAAACUGCAAAGUGGGAAGUGAUUAGCUAGAGAAAGUUUUAAUUCAUAAAAUUAUGUUGAUAAAGACAUCAUCUUUUCUGUGUUAUGUGCUUGCAUUGUGAAUUGUUGAGUUAAAUACUUCUGAGUCAUGGAGGAUAUAUGUUGCCUGAAUCCAAACUGUGGACAAUCCAAUGCGUGAAGUAGUUGUUACAUUGAGGAAAAAAAGAGGAAAAUGAGGAGGAGGACAAAAAUUAAUUGGUUUUGUUUGGUGAGGAUAUAAUUGCCAAAGUAGCGAAAGGAUUCCCAUGGAAGCAUCUUGCGUCACAUGUUUGGAAACAUUUCCCAUAAAAAACUGGUUGUAGCGAUUACAAGUGUUUGCACAACAAGAGAACUUGUGAAAGGUUAGGUGUGAUUUUCUGACCAGUAACCACUGUGCAUAUCAAGCAUCAUGUUGGAGGGAUCGAAUCAUGUUUCAAGGGAUUUGCCUUGCGUGUGCGAGCAAGCGAGCAAAUGGAUAUACUAUGCUUUCCAUGUCAUUGAACAGUCGAAGGGAAAGCGCCCUUUGGAGGAUGUAGCAGACAUUGGUUGGAGAAAGUCAUCCAAGCUGCUUGAUGCCCAAGAGAAGGAGGAAGCUGCGAGGUGCCUUCAUAAUCUUUCACUCUGUCAAGAGGAACACUCAGAUAAGCAGCAUGAUAGUGGCACUCGCUCUGAUUCAAGCUCUUUAAUCCACCAAAUUGGGCGAGACCUUUCAGUAAAUUGCCUGGUUCGUUGCUCAAGGUCAGAUUAUGGGUCAAUUGCUUCUUUGAACCGGAGCUUUAGGUCUUUAAUUCAGAGUGGAGAACUGUAUAAGCUCAGGAGACAGAUGGGUAUUGUAGAACAUUGGGUUUAUUUCUCGUGCAACCUUCUUGAGUGGGAAGCUUUUGAUCCCAUUCGCUGUAGGUGGAUGCAUUUGCCAGCAAUGACAUCAAAUAAUUGCUUCAUGUGUUCUGACAAGGAAUCGCUGGCGGUUGGUACUGAACUUCUUGUCUUUGGAAAGGAAAUUGAGUCCCAUGUUAUCUACAAAUACAGCAUCGUGACCAACUCAUGGUCAUCUGGGAUGAAGACAAAUACACCUAGGUGCCUCUUCGGCUCUGGAAGUCUUGGGGAAAUUGCAAUCGUAGCAGGCGGUUGUGACUCAAGGGGCAAUGUACUAAGCUCUGCAGAGCUUUAUAAUUCUGAAACAGGAACAUGGGAGGCUCUGCCGAGCAUGCAUGAACCAAGAAAAUUGUGUUCUGGAGUAUUCAUGGAUGGGAAGUUCUAUAUAAUUGGUGGGGUUGGUGUUGGCAAUUCAAAUGUACUUACUUGUGGCGAAGUGUAUGAUUUCAAAGCAAGGUCUUGGGCUCUGGUACCUGAUAUGUUCCCAGCACGUAACAGAGGAGCUGGAGCUAAUGAUGCUCCUGCAAUAGCUCAGGCACCUCCACUCUUAGCAGUUGUAAAGAAUGAGUUAUAUGCUGCUUAUUAUGCUGAAAAUGAAGUUUGGAAGUAUGAUAAGAGAAGAAACUUAUGGAUUACUAUAGGAAGAUUGCCCGAGCAGGCGACCUCUAUGAAUGGUUGGGGGCUAGCAUUUAGGGCAUGUGGAGAUCAGCUCAUAGUUAUUGGAGGACCUAGGUCAUUAAAUGGGCGAUUCAUUGAGAUUAAUUCUUGGGAACCUACAGAAGGCGAACCAAAUUGGAAUUUGUUGGGGAGAAAACAUUCAGGAAGUUUUGUCUAUAAUUGUGCAGUGAUGGGUUGCUAAGGUGUCUUAGUUUGGAUAGGAGGACCGAAAUCUGUAUGAUCUCCUCUCUGCAUUUAGAUUCUCAAACUCACUUGCUUACGUUUGAUCUUUUGCUGCCAAUUUGUAUCUUUGUCAAUUGGUUAACGUGAAAAAUUCAUGAUGUGUAGAAGUGACAUACAGCAAUAAGUUGAAACAGAGGUAAGGUUCUAGUUUGCCAUGAAGAUUUGAAAAAUAGGACUGAAAACAUAAGCGGAACAGCGUUGUAAAUUGAUAAUUUAAAUUUCAUUUAUAUUUUAGUUUUUCGUUCUUCCA